CGUUUCUUAGCGCCUGAAUGGAUGACACAGUGCAAUGGAGUCAAGUGUGGACUCUGGAACAAGGAACAAGGAGUUUUUCUCCUUGAUGGAAGAUAAAGGUGCUCUCGGCCAACCGAAGACCCCAAACAUUGCUGUAGAGAAUGACGGGCGUACCAUCUCACUGCAAGUACUGGAAUUUAAAACAAGUCUCCUGGAGGCAGUUGAAGAAUUGCAUAUUCACAGGGAUGCUGAAACAAGAUAUGAGGAGCAGAUUUGUAAACUAGUGCUGGAGAAGCAGGAGUUGGAAUGGCAAAAGGAGUCUUUACAAAGUCAGAUUUCUAGAACAGCGAACGAAAAUUCGGAGUCACUUGCUGCUAUAAAAAAACAGUUUCAGGCCCAAAUCCGAAAAAUUGAGGGAGAAAAGGGUAAAAACCAGUUGGCUGCUGAACUGAAAGACAAAGAGAUCAUCAGCCUCAAGGAAGAACUAAAACAGCUGCAGUUGCUCAGGUACAGUUCGGAGAAGAAAUUAGGCGAGCUGGAGCAAAAGUUGCAGCUGCAGACACAAACCAAAGACAGCCACCUGAACCAGCUGGGAGAAGUGGAGAGGCGCUUCGCCGCCGUCUCCAGACAGUGUGCCAUGGUCAAACAGGCCCAUGAGAAACUCGAACAAAAUGUUGAAGAGGCCAUGCGAAUUAAUAAAAACCUCACAUCCAUCAAUGAAAAACAGGAAUCUACGAUUAAAGCCUUGAAAGAGGAUUUGGAGAAGAUCAACAAAGAGCUGGUCGCAUUCAAAGUGUCGUCGGUCUGCAAACCUGGAGAGGAAUGUUUACAGGAUGUUCUGAAAGAGCAACAGUUUCAACUACUUGAGAAGAAACUCCUUGUGGAAACAGAACUUAACAAAAAACUGAGAAAUGAAAUGACCACAGAAAGGGCAGAGAAGAAGAUGGUAUUGAGAUCCCUCCACCACAAUCAGAAUUUACUGCAAACACAGACAGAAGCUCUGAUCCGAGCAGAGCAGGAGCUCCGCACACUCCGUGAGGAAUAUCAGGUCCUUAAAACAGAACAUGAAUUGAACCAAGAGAGGACCAAAGAAAAAGACGACAGCUUUGCUCGCUUGCGAGAUGAAUACCAAAAUUCUAAACUCGCUUGGGAAAAAGAGAUUCUGCGAUUGCAAGUGUCAACGGAGUCCGGUCAAGAAGAGCUGAUAGCGGUAAAAGAGGCAUAUAAUCAACUACAGGAAGAGCACAAACUGUCUAUUUCUGCAGUUCAUAAAGCCAAAGAAAUUUGUAACUCUGAGAUUGCCAAAAAAGUUCAAGAAAAUUCUCUCUGUGUGACAUCUAAUGAGAUUAACCUUGUAAAGGCGAGCAGUCUCCAUGAAGAUCUUGAGGAAAGUCUUAUUAGUCCUCAUGAUAACCGUGAACCAACGUGUCACCCUGAUAAAGACGUUCCAGAUGAAAGCAUCGAGUUUCAAAAGGCUAGAAAAGAUGGCUGCUCUCAGAACAACAGCAAGGAACUUGACAUUCCAAUGCAGGCUGAUAGAACAGUACCUGCAGUCUCACUGUUGGUUUCAACCAAUGACGAUAACAUCUCAAGGCCUGAGGAUGUCAAUCCCAUGACGAAUCAUCUGUCAAAGUCGUGUGAUGAAACAAAAACCGGUGAGCCAGAUGAUAAAGGAUGCCCCUCAAACCCAAUCCGAAGUGACACAGACGGUCGUCUUGCUGAGCUAUCAGGACCUGAAACCAGGUCUGUUUAUGGCGUAGACGGCGACCCUUUAGCUUUGGAACCGAAAGAUAGUCCGCUGGAGCGGAAUCUGUGUACUUCUGAAGUGACUGAAUCCCAGACAUCAGAUAAACACAUGGACAGCCAGGGAUAUGCUACAUUUCAAUCCAAAGAAGACCACCAGACUGCCGCACCUGAAUUUCUCCAAAAGGAAACUCAAACAACUGCAGAGAGUCUUUCAGAAGACAAAACUCCAAUCUCAAAUCCACAAGAAACAGUUGUGUUUUAUGACAAAAUGACAAUUACAGAAGACGCCCAACAAGGUCCAUGCCAUGAUACCAUCCAUGAGGAGCUUGAAAUCAACCUUGAUGCUUCAGGUGCCACGACGCCUUUCGAAACACUCCCUGAUGAGUCCAAAAAUCAGUUCUCACCGCCUGAAUUGAUUUGUGAACAUACACAAAGUCAGGUAUCCCAAGUGAGGGGGUUAACUGAAACAAGCCUCUACAGAGUGAUCAACGAGAUGGAAUCUAAACAAUCGCCUCUUGUUGAUCACACCACUUUAGUUGAACCGGUGGAGGUGAUUUUGGAAAAUAGCGAUCAAAAAGAUGAUUCAGAACCAUUGAAAUCGCAACAGACUGAACUGGGUGUUUCUUCUGAAGAACCCAAAAUCACAAACCCAGAAGAAGAUUUUUCUGGUAAAUACUUGGUAAAUACUUCAGACCAUUCUAGAAACACAAGACAUCAGUCGUCCUUUGCAUGGGACACGUUUAUGAAAGGGAUAAAGAAACCACAUCCAACACCUUUAAGAACUGAGCUGUGGUCCUCUGGAUUUCAUGAGCUUGUUUCUCCAUAUUGUGCUCCCCUUUUUAUAAAGGAUAAAUUGGCAAAAGGAGCCAUUAUGAAGACUCCUGAGAGACUAGAAACCCCAAGCAAGCGUCCCCACCAAAGGAGCGACUGUCAAGGAGAGUGGAAUGCUAUCAAGCAGUCUUUUUCUGAAAUGUUAACAGAGAAAGAGAAUCAAGUUCUUAUCUCCUACAGCUCAACGGUGAGUGGCAGUCCGGUCUCUUCUUCCAUGGGUAAUGGGCUGCGACAAAACUCCACUCCUACUGUUCCUCCUCCUCCUAAACUUCAGAGCGUGGAGAAACUGACCCAGCCUAUGGCUUCAAGCUCUGAAAGAAAAGAAGAACGAAAACAAUCCGACAUAAUGGCCCAAAUUGCAAAAAUUGAGGAAUUUAUGUCAUCUGAAGGUUUAAUGCCUCAAAAAAGACUCAAAAUUGAUUGAUACGCAUUAGAAAUGUAUGCGUUUGUAAUGUUUUUAGAGUUUGAAAUGUGUUCCUUAGAUACGUUCCUAACCCUCCAUGUGAGUAGAUACAGUAAGAUAUUAAUUUAACUAAAUAAAUGUUCAACAUUUCAAGCAA